AGUCACGUCGACAGCAUGAAUGGCUCGCAGUCGCGCAACCCGUCCGACUCGGCCAUGCAACAUGACGCCCGCGGCAGGAAGCCCUCGCUGCCACAAGGCCAACCGACCACCAACAACACAAUGACCCGUGCCGAGCGCUUCGAGGACGAGAAGCGACGCAUGGUCGAGAGCUGCUUCUCCAAGCUCGACCAGAACGGUCAGCUCGCCGAGUCGUACAUUACGCAUAUUCGCAUAUCUGAAGAUGCCGCCCAUCCCUCGACCCCUCCCCCGCCCACCUCAGCUCCCGACAACAAGAAGCCUCGCAUCAUCGUCGUCGCCGUCCGUAGCACUGGCCGUGUCCGCAUGCACAAGGCUCGUGAGAACAACAACGGCUCCUUCUCCAUCGGCAAGACCUGGAACCUCGAGGACCUGUCCGCCAUCGAGUCCUUUGCGCACCCCGAUCCUAAUGCCCCUCCACCCAAGCAGAACCACUACCAAUGGGCUGGUAGCGUCGGCUUCGUUGUCACCAUCUCCAAGCCCUACUAUUGGCAGGCUGCCACGUCCAAAGAGAAGGAUUUCUUCGUCGCUAGUCUGGUCAAGAUCUACCGCAAAUAUACAAAGGGCCAGGUUCCAGACCUACGUGGCUUCGACCCUCGAGAUGUAGACCAGAUGCUCGGUUUGGCUGCUGGCCAGCAACAAGCACCGCGCAGUUCGCCCGCUGUCCAAGAUCGCCAGCCUUCUCAGAAUACCCCUCCUCGUCCACCUUUUGUCGAACAACAUCGUCCCUCGUCCCAAGACUCUCGCCAACGCUUUCGACCACCGCCUGAAAAUGGCGAGCCUCUUCCGCCUGGAGCUCUGCAUUCUCAGCCUCGGCCUUCACAGGACAGAGGUUUGCGACAACAGCCUAGCCGAGAGCGUAUCCAGAAACCAGGUCGUGAAGCUAUGCGUGCUCCCAGUCGCGAGCCUAUGCGUGCCCCAAGCCGUGAGCCCGGACGUGCUCAAAGUCGAGAGCCUAUGCAACGAGGUGCUGCUCCUCCGCCACUGAACAAUGGUCCUCCUCCUGGUCCCCGACCUCGUUUGACUCCCAAGUCUUCAAAGGCUGAAUUGCAACAACCUCAAAUGUCUGACUCGCCCAACGCCUCUUUCGCUUCGUCCAUCAGGUCUAAUCCCCUGCUCUCUGAUCAGCCUCCACCACAUUUAAAUCAGCCGAACGAACAGCCUGGAACUUUGGCUCCUGCUCGUGCUGAAGGACGUCAGCAGAGUUACCAGAGUGUGCGGAGCGAGCGAAGUAUCCAGAGUCAGCGUAGUCAUGAGUCGACUGGAGCCACAACCGAAGUCAGUAUGUUCACGUCAACGCUCAACCAGUGGAAGCCUCCGUCGCGCGAAGUCUCACCGAUGAGACAACCCUCUCCCAGGAAGCCUCAUCCUGCCGCUGUUGAACCGACCGAGCCUCGGCCCUCAGUUUUCGAAACCUUGAAGAACCAGCGGCAGCCCGGUGCUGUGAGCCAACGGGAGAGAGAUCUAUCCACCGCUCCGUCUGAUCAGUUUUCUAAUAACAUCCAAGUUCCUCCUGAGCGCAAGCGGCCGUUCAUGGCGGGAGGUCGACAAUAUAGUGCAACACCAAGCGAGAAUGAUCCAGAGUCAGAAGCAUUACGCCCACCUCCACUUUCAACGAGCCGAAAUGUAUCCGGUGCAAGCACAAAUGCCAGUACUGUUGCUACUGUCGGUCGUCCCUCGAGUCCUCGUGGUUUGGGAAUUGAAAAGUUCUUGCCCCCACAAUCGACCUCUGAUGGCAUACCUGGUGCUUUCUACGAUACGCCGACUGCUUCAAGUGCCGAUGUGUCAUCUCAAGCUCCCCCACCACAACUUAUGACUAGAGAACCAGAACCUGCGCAGGCUCCGACUCUUCCGCUUGUACAACCAGAAGAAUUACCAUCUCCAGGUUCUGAACCCAGAGAUGUUCUGUCGGACGAGGAAGCGCAUCGCCCUGGUCUUGGACCGAUGAUCAAAAAGAAAACCGGGCCUAAACUCGCGGAUGCCCUGAGAAAAGCUGCUGCAGCUCAGGGUGCAUUCAAACCUCGUGCCGGUGGCGCAGCCGAACGUAUGAGAGCUUUGGCAGAGGCUGCUACUAAGGGACAGGGACCUGACGGUAUCACUGGUGUCGUUCCGGCUCCUUUGCGAAAGAUGAGCGUGGACGUUGAUAGAUCGGAACUCCCGGUGUCUCCUAUAAAACCCGAGUUCCCUUCGUCUGUGGCUGAGCCUGUAUCAGAGAUCAGAAACACCGAGCCGGAAUCUUUGCCCAAGGUUGCAAAUGAGGCAGGGCAAGUUCACACGCCCAUCGAUGGAGCCACUGCAGAGGACUACUUCCACCAGCCUGAGGCAGAACAACAGCCGAAACAACCUGAAGUUCCUGUGGUAGUACCAGAGCCCAGACGACCAAAGCGUAGAUCGGCGCAGCAAGAAAACCACCUUCGCUCACUUAACAUUGACCCAAGAUUACUCGACGGCAGAGGGAUCCAAUUCGAAUCCAUUCUCUCCGACUUUGGUUGGGGAUCUGGCCUUUUGAAAGGAAGGCAACUGGAAGAUCUGGAGGCUGAUCUAAAACGCGAGCUGGGUCGUGUCGAGGCUGGUAGCUGGCUAGGUCAUCUUGAACAAAAAGAUGAUCGGGUUGACGUUGUUGACCAAAUGCUUGACCGAGCAAUCGCUGAGUGUGAUGAGCUUGACGGACUCCUGACCAUUUAUUCCGCUGAACUGAGCACUCUCAACGACGACAUUGCCUUUAUUGAGGCGCAAUCACAAGGUCUUCAAGUUCAAACCGCUAACCAGAAGAUCUUGCAUACUGAGCUGCAGAAGCUGGCUGAAACUAUCUCAAUCUCACCGCGUCAGUUAGAGCCCCUUAGACACGGAGACUUCAGCAACCCAGAAGCUCUCAUGACAGUAGAAUCGUCGCUGCUUCUUCUUUACAAGGCUAUGGCUACUAUCGAUCCUUCUGUACGUUCGACAAAUGCUUUGAGUCGAUCUGGACCUUCGACCGGUCUCGAUACUAGCGACAUUGGUACCAUGAACGCUUUGCAAGAGAAACGUAAUGCAUACAUGCGAGAGAGCGCUGAGUUCUGCCAACGCUUGAUGCAUUAUUUGGACAACACUUUUGCUUCAGCACUCGGUGCUGCCAAACCCGCGCUUCUGCAACACCCCGGUGGUAUUGGUAAUGCUACCAUGAAACUUAACGGUUCGGGGUUCAAUCUGGCUCGUGCCAACCUUUGGCAAUUCAGUCCAUUGCUUCUCUUUACGAAGGAGACCAACAUGUCUGCAUGGCAAAGCACUCUCCGCAUGUAUUAUACUAAGGCUCGUCCGCUGUAUACUGAUGUCUUCCGAGACAACACCAACAACUGGAAGAGGGGAGCGCGUACGGCUGGCGGCGAAGCUACUGAACUGCUCUUCACCUCGGUUGAAAAGGAAACAUCCGAAGGUCUUACCAGUACUGCUCGCAAGCUAACAGUCAAGCGAUCUCAAACACUGGCCAAAUCUUUCCGUUCGGCUGGCAUUGGUGGCGAUAAGCCCACGGCUGUUGACAGAGCGCAACCUGGACGUAUGGCACCAUUCGAGGUUUUCAAUGGUGUGCUUGAAGAACAGGUUCCACUGAUUUCCAUGGAGCAAAACUUUAUUGUCGACCUUUUCCACGCCACUAGUCUCGAGAAUAUCGACUUUGCAGAUGCAGUCGUGGCUAACGUCCCCGAAGCACGCAUGGGUCCCGAUCUUACUGGUAGACGUUUAAUGGAACCUGACCGAGCCAUGGCAAGACGUGUGGCUGAUGUCAUGGAGGAGACAUUCGCGUUCUGGAAAGACGAAUUGAGAGCUCUGAUGGAAUGGGCGAACGCUGGUGAUCCUAUCCAAGGAGUUGGUGUCCUCACUGUUCUGGCUUUGCAUGCAUACCGCUUGCAGGAAACAUCGCAAGAGUUUUUGCUUCACAACCUCAACGAGAUUUCUUCACGCUUGCAGACGCUCUUCCAGAAGUUCGUCGACGAGCAGAUCCACGCCAUUGAAGACACAAAGGUCAAGAUCAAGAAGCGCAAGGGUGUCAUCGCUUUCAUGAAAAUCUUCCCCAUGUUCUCAAAUGCCGUUGAAGGUACAUAUCUUGCAGCAGCCAGAGAGUACGAUGGUCAUGCAGCGGUUCUUGGUGCACGUCAAUUGAUCGACGAUGCAUACAUUCGCAUCAACAGAGCUAUGUGGGACUCUCUUAAGGUCAUUGCUAGAGAGUCACCGACCGCUACUGGCGUUGCUGCAUCUGCUACAACGGCACAUGGUCUCGAAUAUGAGGACAAGGAGAUUUUGAACUACCACAUUCUAUUGAUCGAAAAUAUGAACCACUAUAUCGAGGAAGUGGAUGAUGGUGAUAAGGAAGGUUCAGUGCUUGCCGAGUGGAAAGCAAAGGCCUUGAUGGACCGCGCCGAACAUAUGGAAGAAUACGUCGGUCGUGUGGUCCGAAGGCCACUCGGCAAGAUCAUCGUAAGUUCUGAUCUCACAUCGAAGUAUCGUGCUUAUACUGACAUUCUCGUUCCAGNNGACUUUAUCGAAGGUGCGGAAGGUCUCUUGAACCAAAACAUGACCGGCCCAAGCAUAGCCUCCCGACCCCUCUACUCUCGCCACAACACCAAAAAGCUGCUCGCCUCGCACGACGGCAAGAGUAUACGCAGCGGCAUCGACACGUUGCGCAAACGUAUCGAGAAGCACUUUGGCGAUGCGGACGAAGAGCAAUUGUCACGACAAAUGGUUUCGAUGGUGUGCAAAGAGUGUGAACGUCGCUACGACAGUGUACUUGAUAGGUUGCAAAAGUGUUGCAAUGUGCUGUACAAAGAGGACGAGAAGGGCGUGACGAUUGAUUGGAGCAAAGAGGACACGAAAGAAGGGUUCAAAAGGAUCUGA